AAUAUAUCGAGAUUUGUGGUCCAUAUGGUCUCUGGAAACGUAGCCGAGCUUACACCACUUAUUCUGGGUCUGGCCUUUAGAGAUCUAAGUGGGGACCCUGUGUUUCCAAUGACUCCAAUUCAGAUUCUGUUCAACAAUAUCCUCACAAGUUCUCCUCCGGCCAUGAGUCUUGGUCUUGAGCCUGUCCAUCCCGACCAGAUGCUCCAACCUCCACGUACAUCAAAACAAGCUUUGUUCGCAAGAAAUAACGUUAUCGAUAUUUUAUUCUAUGGUGUGAUGAUUGGCGGCAUUUGUCUACUAAACUUUGUGGUCGUGGUUUGGGGUUGGGGAACCGGAAAUCUCGGCGAAGGUUGCAACCACAGAUACAACGAUUCUUGCGAAGAAGUCUUCCGAGCCCGUGGUGCGCUAUUUGCAACCUUGACAUUGAUCAUCCUUUUGCACGGUUUCACUUGCCGUGAUUUGUAUCAGCCAACAUGGACCUGGAAUGCGAUGAAGAAUAUGAACAACAAGUAUCUCAUCUGGAGUACGAUUUGCGGUAUUUGCCUCAUGCUUAUUUGUCUCUAUGUCCCUGUCUUGAACACCGAUGUGUUUAAGCAGCACCCCAUUACCUGGGAGUGGGGAAUGGUUGCUGCCUCUAUACUAGUCUACAUUGCAUUUGCUGAAGGGUGGAAGUGGCUCAAGAGACGUUUCUGG